AUGAAUUUGCGCAUUAUGCGCUGCUCUUCAGUUGCUAAUUGCACUCCAGCAUCGUCCGGAAAGAGUUGCAUAAGUUCACUCCUUGUCGAACACCUUUCAGCAACCCAGCUCGAUUCCAGCAUAAAGUCUGCAGUCGCUUGUGUACAGUUUGAAAACACAGGACUUUAUCACUCAUUGGCAGACUUUGGUGAUGCGAUUACUUCCAUUGCCAGACAGAUUGUAUCCCAACUGCCCGAGUCGUCCGAGACCCUCAGAAGACUCAUCUCUACACCAGUAACUGUGUGGACGUGGUGGUUAGACAACUUCCAGGUAAUCUGGGCCGAACUCGAAGCAUACUUUGAAAAGAUAUACAUCGUCUUGGACGGUCUAGACGAUCCAAAUCCCGCAGCGUUUCUCGACUUCAUGGCCAAGCUUCGUCUCUCGGACAAAGAGUCGCCCAUCAAGAUUGUUCUGUUGAGCCGCUCAAAGCCCUUUGACGAGGUCCUACGAAGAUUCCAAGGAGCGAGCUUAGAGGUGCGGGCAAGCCAGGAGGAUAUGAUUCAAUACCUCCAGCAGUCCUUUCAAAGCAACCACAAUGUACAGGCUGGAGAGCUAGCCAAAUCCGAGCUGGCACAAACGUUUACGCGAUGGGCCGGGCUAUUCGACCACCGUCAAGACUUACUCCAUUCAGCAUCUCCAACGGGUUUCGAUGGUUUGGAGGCUAUUUCGCGGGAACUCUCUCAGGCGAAUGCUUUGCAGAAGGGCGCCACGUUUUGCGAGCUCGCCGUGGCUAGCAUCACUCAGUCUGCACACGGAGACCUAAUCAUGACGAUUCUCUAUCUUCUCAUUGCGGCCAAGAAGACUAGACACCAUCUUAAUGGCGAGGCUAUCUUGGAUGCCUUGCGUAUGAGCGAUCAGUGGCUUGCAGGUGCCUUGUUAGCAACGACGGAGGAUCUUGCCCGCAUGUGCUCGGAUUUUGUCUUUAUCAAUGAGCAAAUCCAGGUAUGGGGCAUCAAGUCUCCUCUUCUGGCAGAGCAUCUCGAUGAAAGACGUGCGACACACUGCCCAACGGACACAAUUGCCGGCAUAAUCCUGCGAUAUUUGUCGAAACAAGAGUUCACAGCCGGCGCAUGUGGAUCAUCUACAGCGCUCAAACGCCGCUUCAAAGAACAUCCACUACUAUCGUUUACCGCACGAAACUUGAGCCUACGGAUGGCUUGUGUUGACGUGGAAAGAAUUUCUGCGGCUUUCUUACAAUUCUCUUCCAAAGCCGCUUCAAUCGAUUCCUAUUUGCAAGCAGCCGAGGCCUGGGAGUUUAACGAGGAAUCAAGCUACGAAGAGCUUGAGGCUGUUGAAGAGCGCUGGAAUGUCUACCCAAAGGGAUACUCGGCGCUUCAUCUCGCCGCCCAUUUGGGAGCAGGGAAGACUAUUGUGGAUGAACUUGUUCGGCUCGGUGCGGAUGUGGAGGGGCUAGACAGGAUGAUGCAAACGCCCUUGCAUGUUGCAGCCUUCGGAGCAGAGUUUGAAGAAACGAUCCGAGCCCUUUUACAACACGAAAGUGAUGUGUCUGCCUUGGAAAAUGGGGGACAGGGACCUUUGUCAAUCGCCUUGGUUCACGGGAGCGUUGAAACGGUCCGAAUACUUAUUGAUCACGGUGCCAAACUUGAUAUGAGCGAUGAGGAUCUUCUGGGAGAAUGUCUAGAGGAACAACCGCAAGUCUAUGCAUAUUUGAUUGGACGAGGACUGAUCUCUAAUCAGACCUAG